AUGACGGUGGCGCAGCGCGACGCACUCAUGAAGGCCAACGUCGACGGCCUCAAGCCGCUCCAGGUCGUCGGUCUGCGACCACCAAGGCCGCUGGUCGCCUGGGAGUUCAACCUCGCCGACCCGCACGACCAAAAGGCCCUCGACUACCUUGCCAACCGCGGCGUCGACCUCGACAUGCUCGGCGCGCUGCUCAUGGCCUCCGGCCUCAUCGGCGCCGGACACGGGCGGCCGCUGUCGUGGAUCACCUACGCCGGUGCCUACUACGUAGCGUACCUGCUCAAGAUCGUCACGGGCGGCGCCCCGCUACCGCACGACGUGGCCGGGUUCGUGGGCGGCAUGCAGGUUUACCUCGGCCAGCAGGUCUACGACGUUGCCACGAUGGCGGCCGGCUGCCCGGGCAUGCCGGUGGGGCUGGACCGCAUCGCCGCUAGCCUGCGCAUCCAUCUGCCGUGGGGGAGUCCUCGCCUCGCAGGCGCCGUCUGCGUGCGCGCGCUUCUGGCCUUCAGGAUUUGGAAGCACGGGGAGUUCGGCGGCAACGUGGAGAGGUUCCGAGGUCUGCUUCAGGGCCUGCAGUAG